UGUAAACUGGACAAAUAUCUAGCCUUUAACUCUGUUUAUUUUUAAGUCAGAAGCUACGUUACCCAAUUCCCUCCAACCAUACUCUCGCGAGACUGCGCGAGGAGGGCACAAGUUGGAGGAAACAUGGCGACGUCUAAUUUGUUAAAGAAUAAAGGCUCCUUGCAGUUUGAGGACAAGUGGGACUUGAUGAGGCCCAUUGUUCUCAAGCUGCUGAGACAGGAGGCUGUCACCAAGCAGCAGUGGUUCGACCUCUUCUCAGACGUCCAUGCUGUGUGUCUGUGGGAUGAUAAGGGCCCAGCUAAGAUCCACCAGGCCCUCAAAGAAGACAUCCUAGACUUCAUCAAACAAGCUCAGAACCGUGUGUUGAGUCACCAGGAUGACACAGCGUUGCUGAAGGCCUACAUUGUGGAGUGGCGAAAGUUCUUCACGCAGUGUGACAUCCUGCCCAAACCCUUCUGUCAGCUGGAGAUCACGCUGAUGGGGAAGCAGGGCAGCAACAAGAAGUCUAACGUUGAGGACAGCAUCGUACGCAAGUUGAUGUUGGACACAUGGAACGAGUCAAUCUUCUCCAACAUAAAGAGCCGUCUUCAGGACAGUGCUAUGAAGCUGGUUCAUGCUGAAAGGCUGGGAGAGGCUUUUGACUCCCAGCUGGUUAUAGGAGUACGAGAAUCAUACGUCAACCUGUGCUCUAACCCUGAAGACAAGCUCCAGAUCUACAGAGAUAACUUUGAGAAGGCCUACCUGGACUCAACUGAGAGGUUCUACAGAACACAGGCCCCAUCAUACCUACAGCAGAACGGAGUCCAGAACUACAUGAAAUAUGCAGACACAAAGCUAAGAGAAGAGGAGAAGAGGGCAGUUCGAUACCUUGAGACUCGUCGUGAAUGUAACUCUGUCCAAGCUCUGAUGGAAUGUUGUGUGAACGCUCUGGUGACGUCGUUUAAAGAAACCAUCCUGGCUGAAUGUCCCGGCAUGAUCAAACGCAAUGAGACAGACAAGCUCCACCUGAUGUUUUCCCUGAUGGAUAAGGUUCCUAGUGGGAUAGAGCCCAUGCUGAAAGAUCUGGAGGAUCACAUCAUGAACGCUGGGCUGGCUGAUAUGGUGGCUGCUGCAGAGACUAUCACUUCUGACUCUGAGAAGUACGUGGAGCAGCUGCUGACAUUGUUUAACCGUUUCAGUAAACUGGUGAAGGAGGCUUUUCAGGAUGACCCUCGAUUCCUCACCGCCAGAGACAAGGCCUACAAAGCUGUGGUGAACGAUGCCACCAUUUUUAAACUGGAGCUGCCCCUCAAACAGAAAGGGGUAGGUCUGAAGACCCAGCCAGAGUCGAAGUGUCCAGAGCUGCUAGCCAACUACUGUGACAUGCUGCUGAGGAAAACAACCCUGAGCAAGAAACUCACAUCAGAGGAGAUAGAACUCAAACUCAAAGAAGUGUUGCUGGUAUUGAAGUAUGUUCAGAAUAAGGAUGUGUUUAUGAGGUACCAUAAAGCCCACCUGACCAGAAGACUGAUCCUGGACAUCUCAGCCGACAGCGAAAUAGAAGAGAACAUGGUAGAGUGGCUCAGGGAGGUGGGGAUGCCUGCAGACUAUGUGAAUAAGCUGGCGAGGAUGUUCCAGGACAUUAAAGUAUCGGAUGAUCUCAACCAGGUCUUCAAGGAGAUGCACAAACACAACAAGCUGGCUUUACCAGCUGACAGUGUGAAUAUAAAGAUCCUGAAUGCGGGGGCGUGGUCGAGGAGCAGUGAGAAGGUGUUUGUGUCUCUGCCUACUGAGCUGGAGGAUCUGAUCCCAGAGGUAGAAGACUUCUACAAGAGGAACCACAGCGGAAGGAAACUACACUGGCACCACCUCAUGUCCAAUGGCAUCAUCACCUUCAAGAACGAAAUGGGUCAUUAUGACCUGGAGGUCACAACCUUUCAGCUGGCUGUCCUAUUUGCCUGGAACCAGCGGCCGCGGGAGCGAAUCAGCUUCGAGAACCUUAAAUUGGCCACCGAGCUUCCCGAUGCUGAGCUACGACGCACACUCUGGUCUCUGGUAGCGUUCCCUAAGUUGAAGAGGCAGGUGUUGUCCUAUGAGCCUUCAGUCUCCUCCCCUAAAGACUUCACAGACAGCACCCUGUUCUAUGUCAACCAGGACUUCUCUCUCAUUAAAAACUCCAAGGUCCAAAAAAGGGGCAAGAUUAAUCUGAUUGGUCGAUUGCAGCUGACCACAGAGCGAAUGAGAGAGGAGGAGAAUGAGGGCAUCGUCCAGCUGAGAAUAUUAAGAACCCAGGAGGCCAUCAUCCAGAUUAUGAAGAUGAGGAAGAGGAUCAGUAACGCUCAGCUACAGACAGAACUGGUAGAGAUCCUCAAGAACAUGUUCCUGCCCCAGAAGAAGAUGAUCAAGGAACAGAUUGAGUGGCUCAUCGAACACAAAUACAUCAAACGGGACGAGACAGACAUCAACACCUUUAUCUACAUGGCAUAGAACCCCUUUACCUGGAUUGGAACCAUCUACCUACUGCUUGACCUGGCUGGGCCCUCGCUGCAGCAGGAGGAAGAAGAAAUGCAGUAAGAGGAGGAGGGAGGAGUGGUUGUUUCAGAAGAAGAGGAAGGAGAAUAUCUCUGCGGCCUGGGGGGGGUUGGUUGGUUGGUUGGCUGGCUGGCUGUAUGAGAUGGAUGGUGUAGUCUUCAGACUGUGGUGCCCCUCGGGGUCCAGGAGGAGAAGGACAGGAGGACAGUGGGGCUGACUGACAGUCUCAGUAUCACAGUAGAGACAUUAUUAAAUAAACUCUCCCUGCCUUACCCUCCUUACGCAGUCCGCACAGAGACAGACAGGAGGACUAGUGGUCUAUAUCAUUAUGGAGUAGACACAGAGAGGAGUGUAUUUUGCCAAAUGUACUGUGUGUGUCUAUGUAUAUGUGUGUCUGCACCUUGACAGCUUGUUGCUCUGUGGAAGUCUUGCAAUCACCUGAGGACCCAUCGCGCGUGCGUGUGUGUGUAUCUCACUCCCCCCUCACCCCCAACUGCCACACCCCUCAGAGAGGAUCAUGACUCCUCACAUAUCAGCCAGUCGCUGGGUGAGAACAAACGAGAACAUCAGCACUUUUCUGUGUUUCAGUGUGUCUGAAUGGCUUUAUAUAUCAAUUACAUUCUACUUUUCAAUGCUCAUCAUUAUUUUUAUGAACACUUGUGUGUUGUCUCUCGCUUGUUAAAUGCUGCACAGCGUCAUCCAAUCGAUCGAAGUCACAAAGCUCUCUAGCGAUCUUUGAUUCUUCUCUUUCCCCCACCUAUAGCCAGUGCAGGACAGGACAUGACAGGUGUGUUAUUGUCAGACCAUGAGGGGGUGUCAUGACUGGUCAUGACCCAGGUUUCUUCCCAAAUGCCACCCUAUUCCCUAGGUACUGCAAUAUUUUUGACCAGAACUCUAUGGGUUAAAAAAGUAGCUUAUGUUCCCUAUAUACACUGCUCAAAAAAAUAAAGGGAACUAAAAUAACACAUCCUAGAUCUGAAUGAAUUAAAUAUUCUUAUUAAAUACUUUUUUCUUUACAUAGUUGAAUGUGCUGACAACAAAAUCACACAAACAUCAUCAAUGGAAAUCAAAUUUAUCAACCCAUGGAGGUCUGGAUUUGGAGUCGCACUCAAAAUUCAAGUGGAAAACCACACUACAGGCUGAUCCAACUUUGAUGUAAUGUCCUUAAAACAAGUCAAAAUGAGGCUCAGUAGUGUGUGUGGCCUCCACGUGCCUGUAUGACCGCCCUACAACGCCUGGGCAUGCUCCUGAUGAGGUGGCGGAUGGUCUCCUGAGGGAUCUCCUCCCAGACCUGGACUAAAGCAUCCGCCAACUCCUGGACAGUCUGUGGUGCAAUGUGGCAUUGGUGGAUGGAGCGAGACAUGAUGUCCCAGAUGUGCUCAAUUGGAUUCAGGUCUGGGGAACGGGCGGGCCAGUCCAUAGCAUCAAUGCUUUCCUCUUGCAGGAACUACUGACACACUGCAGCCACAUGAGGUCUAGCAUUGUCUUGCAGUAGGAGGAACCCAGGGCCAACCACACCAGCAUAUGGUCUCACAAGGGGUCUGAGGAUCUCAUCUCGGUACCUAAUGGCUGUCAGGCUACCUCUGGCGAGCACAUGGAGGGCUGUGCGGCCCCCCAAAGAAAUACCACCCCACACCAUUUUUUAUUUAUUUUAUUUUACCUUUAUUUUACUAGGCAUGUCAGUUAAGAACAAAUUCUUAUUUUCAAUGACGGCCUAGGAACAGUGGGUUAACUGCCUGUUCAGGGGCAGAACGACAGACCUUGUCAGCUCAGGGAUUUGAACUUGCAACCUUUCGGUUACUAGUCCAACGCUCUAACCAUGACUGACCCACCGCCAAGCCGGUCAUGCUGGAGGAUGUUGCAGGCAGCAGAACGUUCUCCACGGCGUCUCCAGACUGUCAUGUCUGUCACGUGCGCAGUGUGAACCUGCUUUCAUCUGUAAAGAUCACAGGGCGCCAGGGGCGAAUUUGCCAAUCUUGGUGUUCUCUGGCAAAUGCCAAACGUCCUGCACGGUGUUGGGCUGUAAGCACAACCCCCACCUGUGGACGUCGGGCCCUCAUACUACCCUCAUGGAGUCUGUUUCUGACCGUUUGAGCAGACACAUGUACAUUUGUGGCCUGCUGGAGGUCAUUUUGCAGGGCUCUGGCAGUGCUCCUCCUUGCACAAAGGCGGAGGUAGCAGUCCUGCUGCUGGGUUGUUGCCCUCCUACGGCCUCCUCCACGUCUCCUGAUGUACUGUCAAUCAGUGUUGCUUCCUAAGUGGACAGUUUGAUUUCACAGAAGUGUGAUUGACUUGGAGUUACAUUGUGUUGUUUAAGUGUUCCCUUUAUUUUUUUGAGCACUGUAGGAAAAUAUAUAUAUAUUCCCUACUAAGGGAAAAAUAUUUGAUAUCCUAUAUAUGGAAUAGGGUGUCCCAGUAAAAUCCCUCCAGUGCAAUAGCUAGACAACCCCUCCUACUAGAGCACUUCCUGUGAUGAGGUCAUUUUGCUAAAGCAACGGCACUGCAGUGUUGCUAUUAAUGUACCCUACCCACAACCUUUUACAGAAGACUGUGUGUUGCAGUAUGAUAUGAGUGGGGAGGGUGAUGAUAGAAGGAAAAUAAAAUGUGUUGCUGUCGAGUGUUUGUAUGCGAGUGUUUGAUAAAUAGGUCGGGUCUGUAGCGGGCUACUAGGUGUACAUAGCCACUUAUUGAUUUGGAGUAAUGUUACAUGAUUAAAUGUAUGAGACGACCUAAUAACACUAUCCCGCUUUUACUCUUUUUAGUUUGUUUUACUUUUGGCAUUGGGAUAAUGUUGUACUGUGGGAUAUUACACUGCACCCCAAAUGGCAUCCUAUUCCCUAUAUAGUGCACCACUUUUGACCAGGACCUAUAGGGCUCUGGUCAAAAGUUGUGCACUAUGUAGGGAAUAUGGUGCCAUUUGGGACGCAACCUAGGUGUCAAUGUCCUCUUUUCUCUCGCUCUGAUUUUAAUGCAACCACAUUGGAAUCAAUUCAGAGACCUCAAGACAAAGUGAUUGUCAGAUGAUGGAAACAUUACUUGGGAUUUAGCAGUUAUGAAUUGUUUGAUCAUGAUGUCAUGGCUUUAUUUCACACACACUACAUACCUACGCAGCACCGUAUAGUCCACCAUUCUACAGUGGAGGACACCUAUGAGAAACACACGUACACACAAUGACUAUUGACAAAACAUUUAAUAGUUUAUUCUACCGGAUAAUGUCAUGUGUGGAUAACUACUACCUGUCAACUGGCAAUAAGAGGCUCUCCUUCAUGUGAGCUAGUUACAUUUUUCAACCGACUGACGAGUUCAACUUUAGAAUAGUUACUCUGAAGGAUAUCUGUCUUUGUGAAUAAAAAGUGUGUUUAUCAUUAUUGACAGUUUUAUGCGGUGAUAUCGUCCACUGAAUGACAUUGUGUCCAAGCAGGCCCAGGUUUUAGUAACGUUGUUCUUUUUCAUGUCUUCCUUCCCUGGUAUCUGACAUUAAUUGUUACGCAUCACUGCUGUAGUUGUUGCAUCAAAACAACCUAGAGAAGAAGUCUUUGUCCCAAAUGACACCCUAUUUCCUAUUUUAGUGCACUACUUUUGAACAAGGCCCAUAGGGCUCUGGUCAAAAGUAGUGCACUAUAUAAGGAAUAAGGUGUCAUUUGGGGACGUAAGCAAAGUGUUAUUACAUUUUAGUAAUUUAGCACACUCAAUUAGCGCAUUCUUAAGAUAUGUUAUCAGAGUAAUGUACUUAAUGUAACUCCGUCUGACACACUUAGCUAUUCUCUAGAUUUUAGCCAUGUUCAACAAUGUUUUAAGAUGACACAACUUAGGUAACUUUAUGAGUAACAACAAAUAAACAGUAUUAAACAAUGACAUAGUCAAUUUUUGUUGUAACAAUUAAUGUUUUUCUCUGCACAGAAAUUU